AAACUAACUCUUUAAAUUCCAAUCUGUAGCAUUUGCUGCGAUUACAAGGGAAUUCCAUCUCUCUACAUAUUUCAGAUUUCAAUCCAGUUUUGUUUUUUGUCUAAAAAUUUCGAAUUCGGAUUUUGUAUUUGCAGCAUCAAUUCAAGUUACUUUUCGAGGAAGGAGAAUAGGAGAUUGAAGAAUUUUUUCGGCGAUUCAAAAAACAAUUGCAGGGACUUUGAAGUUCUGUACGAAGUAUUUUUCUGUUCUGACAGCUCUCAGUAGUUCUGUCCUGGAAAUACUCUGUUGCGUACUGCAACUCAGCCAUGGCCGGUUCAGAUCCUGAGAAGCUGAUAGCCAAAGCUGACAAAAUGACCAAACUGAGUUUUACUAGAUGGAAUGCUGAUUGGAAAAAUGCAGCAAUUCUAUAUGAACAAGCUGGUGUUGCAUUCAGGCUUGCUAAACAAUAUGAGAAAGCAAAGUUAGCUUUUGAGAAAGCAUCCAAGGGACAAGAGAUGCUCUCCUCGCCUUGGGAUGCAGCUAAACAUAUGGAAUCUGCUGGUGCAAUGGCCAAGGAACAUGGAAGCUGGAAUGAAGUUGCGGACCUCUAUACCAGGGCUUCAGAGUUGUACAUCGAGUGUGCAAGAUCGCAACCCGCCUCAGAUGCUCUUGCAAAAGGUGCUCGUGCUUUGGAAGAAUCUCUUCCUGAGGCAGCUGCUCGUUUAUACAUGAAUGCUUGCGAUAUACUUGAAGAGGAUGAAAAAGAGCAAAUGGCUUUUGAUCUGUAUCGAGGUGCUGCUAGUGUGUAUAUAAAACUUGAGAAGUAUGAAGAUGCUGCAAGUGUCUUACUUAGGUGGGGCUUAUCAGCUGAUAAGUGCAAUGCAAAAAAUAGCCAAUGCAAGGCUUAUCUAAGUGCCAUCGUUGUUUACCUCUACAAACAUGACUUUAAACAAGCAGAGAAGUGUUACAAUGAUUGUUCACAAACUGAUUCUUUCAUGGGUAGUGAUCAGUUCCGUGCUGCUAGUAAUCUUCUAUCUGCUUAUAGAGAAGGGGAUAUUGAAGAAAUUAAGCGUGUUGCGCAAUCUAGCAUUAUUUCAAAUUUGGACCAUGUAAUAAUCAGGCUCGCCAGGAAGCUGCCUACUGGGGAACUUGAUAUGGUUCAGACUGAAGCUGCUGAAGAAGGAGGUGAACUGGAUGAAGAUAACCUCAUUUAGUUCCAGACUAAGUUAUGAUAUAAUAGCGGUUAUACCUCGGAAAUCGGAAAGGAAUUUCAUUCCUUUUUUUUAAAGGGUUAAGAGGUAUUUUGAGUGUUGUAAAAAGCUGUUGGAGGGUCUGUGUUUAUUAAUACUCGUUUGGAUUUGGUUAAAUGUCUGGGUUAACGAAUAAUAGUUUGAAUUGGCUGCAUCUUAUAUAUUCAUAGUCUUCUGAAUCGUUUCCCAA